UAUUGUCUGUCUCGUGCCUUGCUUCCCGGUUCACGAACUUCUUAACGUCCAAUGAUACUACCCGGAAAAGGCCGCCGCUGGACACAACGUCACCAUUUUGACCCGGAAUACAGAAUGCUUGAUGUCGGAAUAUUGUCUAUCCUGCUAAUAUCAAAUCGGAGCCUCGGUUUCUCAAUGCUAUUGUGCCGAUGUUAUGUUAGCUUCCGCCUUGCAAGUCGCCGCAAGGUCCGUAAUCAAGUGUCGGCGGUGGUCUUUCGGAAGCUCUCCACGCUAAGUUCAAGAUGUUGGUUCCGAUCGAUCCGUCUUUUUUAGCUUUUCUGUUGUUGUCCAGCACGUUUCCCUGUAUGCACAGCACACAUAACACCGUUCUUGUCCAUUUCGUCUCAUGCCUUUCGACCGUAUGUGGCUGACGCAGAUGCGUUAGCGCAACCCAAUAUGAUUACAUACCAGCGUCAUGUUUAUAACUCUAGAGAUUGCGGCAAUCGGGGGGCAAUGAGACGCUCUGAUGGUGGCCUAGCAAGAUUUGGAGGGUCUUGUUGAAGAAUGGAGCUAGGGAGGAAAUCGCAUCGGCAAAGUAUUGUGUUCGUGCUGCGAAGCUGUGAGUCAAUGCGGUCCAGAAUUCUACACUACCUCGACCGUUCCUGUUCUUGCCUUCAUCUUCGUUGCGACUUAUGUUGCAUACGUUCGCUACAUCCAUAAUAGGCUCUGUUGUUAUUUGCCGGGCCCGAAUCCGAUCCCCUUCCUGGGAAACGUCCAUCAGCUUCCGAUGGAGUAUCAAGAACGAAGUAUCCUAGAAUGGGGCAAGACAUACGGCAAUAUCAUCUAUGCGAGAUUUUUCCAGACUCAUACGAUCAUGAUCAAUUCACCUGAGAUCGCUCAAGACCUCUUGGAGAAACGUAGUGCCAACUACUCUGAUCGGCCUCAUAUGGUGCUUCAGGGAGAACUUAUGGGUUGGAGCAAAAUGCUCACACAUGCACAUUACGGUGAUCGCUUCCGGAAAUUACGCAAGUGGACUCAUGACGCCUUCAUGUCGAAAGCCGCUCUGCGAACAUAUCGACCCAUCCAAGAAAGAGAGACAUACAUUUUGCUUUCCGGUCUUGUAGAUUCUCCGAAUGAAUUUGUCUCUCAUUUCACCAGAUUUACUGCUGCAACACUUGCGGAGAUAGCCUACGGUCAUACUGUGACCUCGCUUGACGAUAAGUACAUUCAUCUCGCAGAUCGGGCGGCGUCUGAAACUGUCGAAGCCGGAAGUCCUGGGAGUAUGCUGGUAGACUUCAUUCCCAUUCUACAAUAUUAUCCUACUUGGCUUCCGGGAUCGGGAUGGAAGAGAAACGCCUUGAGAAUCCGAGAGCUCGGUGUCGCUAUGAACGAUACUCCAUACAAUAUGGUCAAAGAUAAGAUGGCAGAAGGCAGGGCGAAGCCAUCAUUCGUCUCCUCACUUCUUGAGAAAUUCUAUAGAGACGGCAAUCUAACCUCAGAAGACGAAGAGGACAUCAAAUGUGCUGCCGGGGUCUUGUAUGGAGCCGGAACCGAAACCACGGCCAAUGUCUUCACGGCAUUCAUUCUAGCAAUGACGAUGUAUCCAGAUGUCUUCAGGAAAGCGCAAGCUGAGAUCGACCGUGUCAUUGGGCCGGACCGUCUCCCCGACUUCGACGACAGAGAGUCUCUGCCCUACCUUGAGUGCAUUAUUCGCGAGGUUUAUCGAUGGCAUCCUCCAACGCCACUAGGUAUUCCGCACUGCUCUAUGAGGGAUGAUGAAUAUAAUGGGCGUGUCAUACCCGGACAGUCGCUGAUUAUUGCUAAUAUGUGGGGUAUGAUGAGGGAACCAGAAAACUUCCCGAACCCGGAGGAGUUCUGUCCCGAACGCUUUGCUGAACGAAACUGGUCAAAGUCGGAAUCUUACUACGAUCCUCGGAACAUCGUUUUUGGCUUCGGUCGCAGGCAAUGCCCAGCGCAGAACUUUGCUGAUUCAAAUGUAUACUUUGUGUUGGCACAUAUCAUUGCCACUAUGGACAUAUCAAAAGCAAGGGACGAGCAUGGCAAUGAAAUCUCUCCAGAGCAUUCAUCAAAGUCGGGUUUCGUUCACCAUAUUCUGCCGUUCAAGAGUGUUAUUCAACCCCGAUCACCAAAGAUUGCACAGUUGAUUGCACAACUGAGAGCCGCAUCUCCCGCUUAGGAUGCUUUGACCUCCAGUUCUCGUUAAAUCCGUUCACUCAUGUAAUGCGAGGUACUUCGUUUCAUAUGUGUACAAGUUAAUUGUCUUGUUUUCCUUCUCCUUCGGUGCCUGUAUGCUCUACGCGUUUGAGUCAUGUGCAUAGUUUAGGGCAGGUCGUUUGGCGUCACUUGUUGAUAUAAAUUUUCGCGUUCAGGCUUGUAUCCAAUAGCUCUUCUCUCCGGUCUCAGUUCUCCUCCUUUGUAGUGACCCUCUAUCAUAGAUCAUUUUUCGUGAUCUUUGUGUUCCAUUGUACGCUCUAACAAUACAAUGUCUUUUC